AAAUAGAAUAAGAAGAGGGGUGGAGGAAGCGAGACAGAGAAAGGGCACCGAGAGAUCCGGCUGCGUCGGCCAUGGAAGGACGGCAGGGCUUGGUGUUGGCUCCGGCCGGUUCUCCCCCGAACCCCAUCGCGCAGGUGCAGGCCCGGUUCAAGGAGCUGGAGGGCGGCUUCCGGGCAUGGCUGGCGAGGCAGUCGAUGCCCGUCGAGGCCGCAGUCGUCACCGCUACCAGCGCCGCCCAAGGCGCGGCCAUCGGCGGCCUCAUGGGCACUCUCACCUCCGACCUCACCUCCGCCUUCCCCGCCCCUCCGCCCCAGGCCGCCGGCCUCAGCCCCCAGGCCAUGUCCUCCCUCAAGCAAGCCCAGGCCUUUGCAGGUGGCCCCUUGGUACAAGCUCGUAACUUUGCAGUCAUGACCGGUGUAAAUGCAGGUAUUUCUUGUGUGAUGAAAAGGAUAAGAGGAGUGGAGGAUGUCCAGAGUAGCAUGGUGGCAGCUUUUGGUUCUGGAGCAUUGUUUUCAUUGGUCAGUGGCAUGGGGGGCCCAAAUCAGGCAGCCAAUGCAGUCACAUCAGGACUUUUUUUUGCAGUUGUUCAAGGUGGCCUCUUCAAGUUAGGUCAGAAAUUCUCGCAGCCACCAGCUGAGGAUGUAUAUUACUCUCGAGCAAGAAGCAUGUUGACAAGUCUUGGCCUCCAGAACUAUGAGAAGAACUUCAAGAAAGGCCUGCUCACGGAUAGUACCUUGCCUCUUCUCACAGAUAGUGCUCUUAGAGAUGUUAAGAUCCCUCCUGGACCGAGGCUUCUCAUUCUUGAUCACAUUGACAGGAACCCGGAGUUUGUGAGGAAGGUGAAGUCAUAGGCAAAUUACAUAUCCGACAGUUUCCGCAUCUUCAUGGCAGUUAACUGAGCUACCUUUUGUUUCCUGUCUGUCACUUGUCAAAUGCCGAAGUCAUUAGCAUUAUUAUGAUAAUUUUCUGAAGAUAUUGAACUUCUAGAGAUGGUUAAAUGUACUUUUGUCGUGUCUUUUUUGCAUGUUGUCUGUCUUUUGUUUUUUUAAUCUGAGUAUUUUCACCUGCUUUUUGUUUUGU